AUGUUUCAGUCUCUAGAUUCCUCCAGGAGAGAAAUCAGGCUUUUGCGCAUUGUGCCCGGCGCAUGGGUUGACAGCAUUGUACUGAAGCUCGAUGUCGUAUCCCUCGAUGCAAAGCCGCAAUACCAGGCCCUAUCAUACGUUUGGGGAAGCGAAGCCGACCCCAAAACGGUGACGCUUCAGGACCAGCCUUUUCAAGUAACUUCCAACCUAUAUAAUGCUCUUCGCAGGCUUAGGAAGUCGAGAGCCUCCGUGGCUCUAUGGGUAGAUGCCGUGUGCAUCAAUCAGAAAGACGAUCUGGAAAGGACCCAGCAAGUCUCGAUAAUGAAUCAUAUCUACGAAAAUGCGUUUGAGGUCGUCAUCUGGCUUGGCGAUAGGCUCUCUGGUAGCCAAAGGGGGCUGAAUAUUUCUUCUGGUACACUCGAAAAUGGGCCUCCGUACGUUGCAAAUCACGCUAGCAUUGGGAAUUUCGGCAGACGCGAACAUUUCGACAACACGGAAACGGAAGCUGCGGCAGCCUUCACUGUUCUACAGUUACUGGGUGAGCCUGGGCACUGGGACUCGAAAGAGAUGUUCGCAGUCAACCAAGAAGGACAGUUUAUUGUGGCUGAAAUCUAUCAAGCAGCUUGGCGGGCUUUCCUGGACCUGAUGAGCUGUUCGUGGUGGUCGCGUAUGUGGAUUGUCCAAGAAUUUGUCCUUGCCCGGGAGUCGCAGGUCGUUGUCGGCAAUGUUGCUGUGCCGGGACACUUGAUCACAGACUUCUACCAAAGCUACAUUUCUCACCUUCCAUCAGGGUGUUGCUGUCAUCUCACAGUCUCCUGGCGGAUGACGAGCGAUCUGUGGGGUGAAAUGAUGAACAUUCGACGCGCCGACAUGGGCCUCAACACUAUACGUAACCAGCAUCGCGAUCACCGAGCUCACGAUGGUAGCUUGACGGCCCUGCUGCGGAAGACUUUGUGGAUGCUCCGACCGAAGGAAGCCACGGACCCGCGCGACAAGAUUUGCGGAGUGUUAGGUCUCUUCCCUGGCAUUGGAAUAAAGCCAGACUACACGAGCGAUGCAGCACAAUUCUUCUCAUACGCAACCGAGUUCUUCAUGAACGCCGAGCAGGGUCUGAUGGUAUUAGCUGGUCCCAGGAUGCGGCGCCCGGAGGUGACUUUUACCCUAGAGGAGGCUCUCAGGGCGAUGCGUUCUGGAGAACCGUCAUCAGAGAUACGAUUCUCGAUUUCGAAGAGCCAGGCAACGACAGGCGCGCAACAUCUGAAGACGCAUCGUGCUAUGAAGUAUUUCUAA